GUAGCGCCCGCUUCGAUUCCGCCGGAUUCCGACGCGACGAGACCGCCGAUCUCCACCGUCCGAUCGAAACAACCAAAAUGGACGAAUCAUGGCGGAUAUCCAUCGGAACGGUGAUCCCGAGGAGGCGGUCCACGGAGCAGGACCGCCGGAGCCGGUGGGGUGGCGCCGGCGGGACGGAUGCCCUGGACGCCGACGACUUCCGCGACGUGUUCGGUGGGCCGCCACGGAGCGUCCUCCUCCGGCGCUUCUCUGGCGAGCUCACGGCCGGCGAGGCCCGGCCGGCGGCGUCGUUCUAUGAGGAGAUCUUCCGGCCGGCGGGGCGCAGCCUCCCGCUGGCGAGGGGUGGGCGGAGGCUGCCAGGGUUCAGGAUCCCGUCGGCGAGGGCAAGCGGGCUGGUGAAGAUGGAUGAGGGCUUCUACGAUGACAUAUUUGGGUCGGACGGCGGCCGGGAACGGAGGUCGAGGUCGAGAUCGAAGUCGAGUUCGAGGUCGAAGUCGUCGUCGGUUCUCAGCUCAGAGGAGCUGAGCCCGCCGCUCCGGCCUUCGAUCACCGAGGAUGCCAUGCUCUCCUCCUUCGCCUCUAAGCUCAGACCAAUCACUAUUCCAUCCCGACGUCAUGACUCUUCACCACCUUCAACAAUAUCUGGGGGAGAUCAGAACAGCCACAAGACCCUCAACAUUGCAUGCCCUCCCAAAUCCUAUUUCAUGGAGUUCAAAGACAACAGCCAUAGCAAUCAUGACUCCAGUGAUUCACUUCGACAUCGGUCGCAUAUCGGGCUCUGCUGCUUCUCACCCCCUGAGACCAUUAGCCUUGAACCCAGCUUCCGACGAGGCCUUAAGAAGCCUGGAGCUGACGACAUCGACUCCCCUUCUUCAGUUAUAUCUUCUGUCUUUCUGGAUCCAAUGUCAACCAAAACAGAAAGAGAGAUAGAAAAGGUAGUUGUCGAAGUUGAUGGAGAGGGGGAAGCAGCAGAGAAUUCAUUUGUCAUAGAGAUUGAUAACCAUGGCAUUGGAGAGACGGAGGGAGCGGCUGCGGUGAAUGAAGCGAUCGCAUGGGCAAAAGAGAAAUUCUGGAAUCAGAGAUCCAAAGGAGUUGACACUAUUGACAAGCAACUAAACUCAGAAGUCACGAAAGAAGGAAUAGAAGGCAAAGAGAGACCAGUUGCUAAAGAAGCUUAAUGUAAUGGAGUUGAAUAUAUGAUUGGAGUGUAUCCUGUUGCUAAGAAAGAUGAUGCUUGCAAUAUAACAUGUAUUGUUGUAUCUUUGUUGUCCAUCAGGGUUCCUUUGACAACCAAAAUUCUUUGGGGAAGGAAAAGGAAGUAUAGGUAAUUAGAAUCAAGUGACAUGUUCUUGAAAUUUAGUUAAGCUUUCAUCAGUGUGAGCUUGCGUUAUUUGUUGUAUAUAACAAAGACCUUGUUGAUGGCUGUGAGUGCCUGUAUAACAGAUCUCUUUCCCUCCUGUGUGUCAUAUGGGUGUAUUUUCCAUACCUAUUCAUCUUUUACUCUUCUGUUUGUAUUACAAAGACUUUCGGAA